AUGAACCGCCUCUUCGGCACCAAGAGUGCGGCUCCCAAGCCCACUCUGGACGGUGCAAUCUCCAGGGUAACAUACCACUCCAGCCUCUUCUCACAAACCAAUUCUAACCCCCCCCGCCAGGUGGACGAGCGCGUCUCUAGCAUCGACGUCAAGCUCACCGCCCUCAACUCCGAACUCUCCACCUACCAAGCGAAACUGGCCAAAAUGCGCGACGGCCCCGGCAAGAACGCCCUGCGCCAGAAAGCUCUCAAGGUCCUCCAGCGUCGCAAACAGUACGAGGCCCAGCGCGACCAGCUCUCCCAGCAAUCAUGGAACAUGGAGCAGGCCGGCAUGAUGCAGGAUAACCUGAAGAAUGUGAUGACCACGGUGGAUGCCAUGAAGACGACCACCAAGGAGCUGAAGAAGCAGUACGGCAAGGUCGACAUCGACAAGAUCGAGCAGAUGCAGGAUGAAAUGGCUGAUCUGAUGGAGGUCGGCAAUGAGAUCCAGGAGAGCAUCUCGCGGGCGUAUGAUCUGCCAGAGGAGGUGGAUGAGGCGGAUUUGGAUGCGGAGCUGGAGGCGCUGGGAGAGGAGUCCAUGUUCGAGACGGAGAUGGGCGCGGAUGCGAUGCCGAGUUUCUUGCAGGACGAGGUUGCGCCGCCGCAGUUUAUUGAUGAGCCGCCCGAGCCGGGCAAGGUGAAAGAGGCGGCCGGGGGGGUUGGCUAA